AUGUUUCUUCCUCCUGAGCCAAACACAAAAGAGAGGAAGAAGUUUGAUUUAGAAGGCCUAAGGGUGUAUUAUUUGAUAUGCGAGGAUCUUGGGAUAGCUGAGGAUGAAUGUAUAAAGAAGUCGUUCUAUCAUUUGAUGGCAUGGGCAGGGCAAGAUAAAUUCAACCGAGAAGUAAGGCUUCUUAGGGAUUACAUCAUGAAUGUCAGAAGUGAAAAAGGCCGUGAUCCAGGAGCAAGGGACAAACUAGCAGCGUGA